UGACUGACCUGCUACAUAUCUUGUUUUUUCAAACACUGAAAUGAAUCAACGCAAUUUUCGUUCUUGUUGUCUGGAUGCGCUCUACUCAGAAAUGCGCUCUUAUCUUGGAUGUAAAACUUCGACAAAUUUGGAGAAAGGGAUCCACAUGUUUGCUUGAAGUUGAACCCUGAAGAUGGCACUGAGUCCAGGACAGCCAGACAAUGGACUGGAGACAGGCAUGAAGCUCAACUUCCCAGAACAGCAUGCUCAGCUGGCACAGUGCCUCGACGCCCUCCGGCAGACUGGACGGUACUGCGACAUUACAGUCAAAGUACAGGACAAAAGCUUCAGCUGUCACCGUGCAGUGCUGGCAUGCCGGACCCCCCUGUUCCAGUGCCUGGGGGAUGACCCCAUUGUCCGGGUGGACUUCCUGAACCCUGCAGCCUUCUCAGCACUCCUGGACUACAUGUACACCUCAGAACUGACUGUGUCCAGUGGCCACUGCAGUGAUGAAGACCUGCUGGCCACUGCCCAGGCCCUGCGGCUCCAUCCUGUGGUGGAGUGGCUCAAGGACUACCUCAAGGCAAAGGGAGCUGUAGACCAGGUACUUGGAGGAGAGGGGAACUCGCAAAACACAGCACCGUCAUCACUUUUAUUACCAUCCUCUACUGAUAACUUGACAUCCAGCACAGUAAGCAGCCUCUUUCCAAGGAAUCCUGGCUUGCCAUUUCUCAACACCAAUGCCCCCUACAGUCCUCUUACAGAACUGCAGGUGGCCUCCACUGGCCAUGGGCAGAACCAGCCAAUCGAGAGUCUCUUCUUCAAGAACACGGGAAAGACCAACGGAGUUGCUACGGUAACAACAGUAGACGUGACGAGCCCUGGACCUGCCAGGUGGGAUCCACAGCUGUCCACCUGUCACAGGUGCGGAGUGCACUUCCUCAGCACCAAAGUCUUGAAACAGCACCAGGCAGUGUGUGGGAGGGGGGCAGGGGAAGGGCCCAGCUGCACUCAGGACAGCAUCGCAGAGCCUCCCCGACAGAGGCCGGUGUUCGGAUGCUCCAGGUGCUCUCAGUACUUCGUAAGUGCCAAGACUCUGCAGAUGCAUCUAAGGGUGUGCAGCAAGCUGCAGGAGUACAAGUGCAGCCUGUGCCAGCUCAGGUUUGUCAGUCAGAGGGCCCUGGACUUCCACACCAGGGACUGCUGGAAGUCCUUCCAGGAGUUUGAAAGCCCACAAAGGUCCAAGAGUACAAACGUCAGAGCCAACUCUGGGAAGCCAAACGAAGUUGGCUCGUUUUCCCGCAAAGCAGGAGCAAAAGGUGGAGCCACUGUACAGGAUACUUCCAAACCACAACAACCAGGGAGCAGCACUGAUGAAGAUGUUAGUGAAGUAGAAAACAUGAAAGUGUCAGAGAGCCAAGAGGUUUUGGUGUUGAAUGCUAAAGACGUUGACAUAAGCAAGCUCAUAACAAGUAAGCAGUUCAGCUGUGGUCAGUGUACUAAGACGUUCCCAACACCCCUCAAACUACAGCGCCACAAGGAGCAGUGUAAGUCACCCGGCAGUUCCGAGGUUGACCACCAACAGCGACAAAAGUGGAUCUGUGAUAGAUGUAGCCUGUCUUUCCCAUCGCGUCUGUCCCUGCAGAGGCACAUGCCGUCAUGUAACAAGAGUGUCCUGUUUGUUGAUGUCAGAAAUAGGGCAGACCAGUCAUCAGUUAGCGGCAAAACGGCAGCCGGCAGUAGCAAAGAGAAACAGCCCACACGAGAAGCCACAGUACAGGGGGCCACUCCAAGUAAACAAAAAAGUGCUAGCACUGCAGGCACUAAGACACCAGACAAAACUUCAGGUACAGUCAGCUCUGCAAGAUCUGAAAAGGAGACCAAAAGUACUACAGCAAAACCAAGUGACAAGGAUUCCAAACCUGUGAAAGACAGCAGUGGAGAUGUGGAGAAAAGCAGCAAAAAGGAUACAAGUCAUGCAAGGAGAGCAUCCAGUGGAGGCAGUAGUCCAGUCCUCACCACACUGAGAAGCAGCCCAAGACACAUGGGUCGGACACUUAGAAGCAGUCCCAACAAACCCCAUGUCUUUAGUAAUGUGGCCAAGGGCAACUUAAGGAUCAAGCUGAUGAAAAAAGUGCACAAAACUGUCACUUCUCAGACAGCUAGGAGACGUUCAGCGGCAGCUGGUUCCAGUGCAGCAGCAAGCAGCAAUGAGAAAACAAACACCACUCCCAAGGCAGCAAGAGAGAAAAGGGCAGCGGAAGACAGUCCAGGUCCUACCACAGCAAAAAGGCUCAGCACACGUACAGAAACCACCUCUGCUCCCAGUACAGCAAAGGAAGGCCCUCCCAACAUCCUGAGCAGGUCCAAACCUGGGAAGGCCCCCACCACGGAGCACAAGAACACACCUAAAGUACCAGGGAAGCAGAUAAAAUCCAGUCCUGCCACUAGCACAAACACCACACCAAAACCAAGACCCCGGGUUGUUUUAAGGAGAGUUGACACAGCUGGAGGGAUCCCAGAAGGCAGCAACACCAUCUCAGCAAACAUAGACACUGUUAUAAAGGUGGAACCAGAGGACGACUCAGACCAAUGGGAAAGUCCAAGGAGUGCACAGCAGCCAAGUGGCAGGAACUUUGGUUCCCCUGAAACCAGCCUGUUCUCUGCACAGUACCACUGCGGCAACUGUGGCCUUAGCUUCCCCCAGAGAAAGGCUAUGCAGGACCAUGAACGCAUAUGCAAACAGGCUUUUGGGGAGGCAUACUGCCAACAGCUCAGCAAGGCUGCUAAGUCGCACUGCUGCCAGAAGUGUAUGAAGCUUUUCUCCUCUGACACCAGCCUUAGGGCCCACCGUGAGGAGUGCCUGAACUCCACACUGUACCGCUGUAAGGUCUGCUGGGAGGACACCGACCAGCCCAAGGCUCACAUGGAGAAACACUGGCGAUGGAGCCGACCCACAGAACUGCGGAACAACCCCUGCUUAAGCAUCGAAUCUGACCUACCUCUGAUCAAAUCUUUGUACAUGUCCGUGGUGAAGCCGAAUGAAAAAUGGCCGUGCAGCCUCUGCGAGGCGGAAAAAGGAAGUAAAGGAGGAAGUUUGGCUGUCACAUCGUUCAAGGACAGAUUGCGUCUGUGGUCUCACCAGGCAUCUGCCCACAAAGUUGUCUGGAAAAACCUCAUGUGCCCGGUGUGUACGGGGUCGUUCAAGUUCAAUGUGAGAGUGGAGUACCUGCGCCACAUGUUUGCCAACCAUGUAGGACUGAGGAAGGCUCAGAAAACAUUUCAUUGUCUGGUCUGUGGAAAAUCCUUCCAUGACAGGGGCUUGUUGGAACUUCAUCUGUUCAAACAUGGCAAAAAGACAGCAAAAUAAAUCACUGUAUGUUACCUCUCAGGCCCUUAGGUAGUAACACAAAUCCUUUUUCACAGGAUGCUGUAUUUACAGUAUGGACUAUUUCUCUUCAGCCAGCCCAACUGGCACAAAAGCAAGUCAUAUGAUCAUGGUCACACUUCAUCAGCUCAUUACCUCUGCCAAAAUAUUCCUUCAUAGUUACAUGUAAAUAUG